CUUUAGGAAAUAUAGGGAUUAGCUUUCUGACUGUGUAGAAAAUUCCUUUGCUGCACUUUUUUUUGCACAGGGUUUGCACAGGGAACAGGAACAGCUUUCCUGUCAUUCAGGAUACACACUCACACAGUAUUCCGGACAUCAUGCCUCUGGGAUCUCAGUGUGGGAAACUUUGAGGGGAGUGUUCAGAACAGGAGAAACAGUCUGAGCUUGUGGGACUGGAAUCAGUGCAUUGCACAGAAGUGGAUGUUUAAUGGUUUAAUCCCGUCUUUCGGCAGAAGGAAAUGGUUUCACAGUGGAGGAGAUUUGGACCUGAAACAACCCAUGAGGGCUCUUAAGUGGAUGUGAAUGUCUGCAAGUUUGUGAUAAAUUGAGCUUGACUUUAUGAGAACUUUGCCUGCAGUUUAUCUAAACUAAAACAAUAACAAUAGGACUUGUUUUCAGUGCUGUUGCCUUAUCUUGUUGCUGGUGAGUUCAAAGUAGCACCAUGGCUGGAAUUACUAGGAAGGGAUCUGGGAGACCCUCGUACUACUACAGAUUCCUGGGCAAAUCCCGACUGCAGCGUCAGCGAAGCCGGUCUCGGAGCCGCACCAGGCCGUCUGCCAGCAGGGAGUCUCCUCCAGAGAGGACGGGACGCCGGCGCAGCAUGCCAGGCUCCUCAGACAAGACCACAACCACCAUGGAGCCUACAUCCACGGCAGCCACGCCCUUUAGAGUCACCGUGAGUACUGGCUUCUUAAGUCGGCGGCUGAAGGGCUCCAUAAAACGCACCAAGAGCCAACCCAAACUUGAUCGGAACUCCAGCUUCAGGCACAUCCUUCCUGGUUUCAGGAGCGUUGACAAUGACAGAUCUCAUCUGAUGCCAAGGCUGAAGGAGUCUCGCUCCCAUGAAUCAUUGCUCAGCCCCAGUAGCGCUGUGGAAGCCCUGGACUUAAGUAUGGAGGACGAAGUUAUCAUUAAACCUGUGCACAGCAGCAUCCUCGGGCAGGACUACUGCUUUGAGGUCACUACCUCCACAGGAAGCAAAUGUUUUUCCUGCCGUUCAGCUGCCGAGAGAGACAAAUGGAUGGAGAAUCUAAGGAGAGCGGUACAGCCCAACAAGGACAACAGUCGUCGGGUGGAAAACAUGCUGAGGCUGUGGAUCAUUGAAGCCAAGGACCUGCCCGCCAAAAAGAAAUAUUUCUGUGAGCUUUGUCUCGAUGACUCACUGUACGCCCGCACCACCUGUAAGCUCAAGACUGACAACCUCUUUUGGGGAGAGCACUUUGAGUUCAGUAACCUGCCCGCUGUCAGGAGCGUCACAGCGCACCUCUACAAAGACACAGACAAGAAGAAAAAGAAAGACAAAAACAAUUACAUUGGAGUUGUCAACAUCCCCGUCGCAACUGUCACCGGACGGCAGUUUGUAGAGAAAUGGUAUCCUGUCAGCACUCCCAACCCCCCUAAGGGCAAGACAUUGGGUCCCAUGAUUAGGAUCAAAGCACGCUAUCAGAGUAUGAACAUCCUUCCCAUGGAGAUGUACAAGGAGUUUGCAGAGUACACCACCAACAACUACAUGCUCCUGUGCUCGGUGCUGGAGCCAGGCAUUAGCGUCAAGAACAAGGAGGAGAUGGCGUGUGCGUUAGUGCACAUUCUGCAGAGCACUGGCAAAGCAAAGGACUUCCUCACAGAUCUGAUGAUGUCGGAGGUGGACCGCUGUGGCGAGAACGAGCACCUCAUUUUCAGAGAAAACACACUGGCCACAAAGGCCAUCGAGGAAUACCUCAAACUGGUGGGACAGAAGUACCUGCAGGACGCCCUCGGAGAGUUCAUCAAGGCUCUGUAUGAGUCAGAUGAGAAUUGUGAGGUGGAUCCAUCUAAGUGUUCAUCUGGAGACCUGCCAGAGCACCAAAGUAACCUAAAGAUGUGCUGUGAGCUGGCCUUCUGCAAAAUCAUCAACUCAUACUGUGUCUUUCCGAGAGAACUGAAAGAGGUUUUUGCAUCAUGGCGGCAGGAAUGCAGCAACCGGGGUCGACCGGACAUCAGCGAGCGCUUGAUCAGCGCCUCCUUGUUCCUGCGCUUUCUCUGCCCAGCCAUCAUGUCGCCCUCGCUUUUCAAUUUGAUGCAGGAGUAUCCCGAUGACCGCACGGCUCGAACGCUCACACUCAUCGCUAAAGUCACACAAAACUUGGCCAACUUCACCAAAUUCGGUAACAAGGAGGAGUACAUGUCUUUUAUGAACCAGUUCCUUGAGCAUGAAUGGACCAAUAUGCAGCGUUUCUUGCUGGAAAUUUCCAACCCAGAGACAAUCUCCAACACGGCAGGCUUUGAGGGCUACAUCGACCUUGGCAGGGAGCUCUCGACCCUUCACUCGCUUCUUUCUGAGGUGGUCUCCCAGAUGGACCAGAGUGCAGCUUCGAAGCUGGGUCCUCUGCCCAGGAUCCUGAGGGAGGUGAGCACAGCUCUGUCCAACCCGUCCAGUGUCCAGAUGACAUCCGGACAAUCCACAGAACAUGUGAGCUCAACUCCUCCAGAGGCGAGUUGCAGCAUUUCCUCAGGCAUGCAGAAGAUGGUCAUAGACAAUGACCUCUCAGGGUUGGUUGACUUCACCAGGUUACCUUCACCUACCCCAGAAAAUAAGGACCUCUUCUUUGUGACAAGGAGCUCAGGUAUCCAGCCCUCCCCUGCACGCAGUUCCAGUUACUCUGAGUCAAAUGAGCCUGACCUGGGCAUGGCCAAUGGCAGCAAGAGUCUGUCCAUGGUGGACCUACAAGACCCCCGCAGCUUGGACGGGGCCACAGGUCUUAAUUCUUCAGACACUCUGGGUGAAGGGCCAGCUUCUAGUGGAGCCUGGUCAGCCAGAGUCCCACAGGGUAACAUUCCCGGGGGUCCCACCCUAAGGCAGCCCGGCCAGAACUCUACCACCCCAGGCACAGAAAGUACUCCGGGUCGACCCGCCCAGCUGUUAGCCCCACUCUCUUUCCAGAACCCAGUUUACCAGAUGGCCGCCUGCUUACCUGUGUCCCCUCGUGGAGUGACUGACUCGGGUUCAGAGUGCCACAGUUCUGUUAGUUCCCAUAGCAACAAUGAUGAUGGCCCAGCAGGAGGAAAGCACUCCUUCUCAAACCAAGGUGGAGGAGGAGGGAGCAGUGGCGAGGAGUACACCAGGCGUUCAGGGGAGUUCAACCGCCGACAGCUGUCCCUCACAGAGACACAACACCAGCCCAGCGUCCCCCGACAGAACAGCGCCGGUCCGCAGCGGAGGAUAGACCAACCUCCUCCUCAGAACAUCAGCCGUGGCCGCACACCUCCAAACUUACUCAGCGGGGGGCCCUAUCCUCGGCCCUCCUCUGGCAACAUGAUGACAUCAUCUCCUGACUGGCCAUCCGGCGGAGCUCGGCUACGACAGCAGUCCUCCUCCUCCAAAGGCGACAGUCCUGAGACCAAGCAGAGAGCUCAGCACAAACAGGCCCCCUCCCCAGUGAACCCCAGUGCGCUGGACCGCACAGCAGCCUGGCUAUUGAAUAUGAAUGUGCAGUAUUUAGACCAUGAAGGGAUGGAGCCCGAGUCACUGAGAAACAGAGAGGAUCUAACUCAGGUGGAGAAGUACCAGCAGGAGAUCGCACUGUUGCAGGAGAAGCUGCGGGCGUCGGUACAGAAACUGGAGGAGUAUGAAGCCCGUCUGAAGGGUCAGGACGAACAGGCCCAGAAGGUGCUGAUGGAGUACCAGGCCAGGCUGGAGGAGUCAGAGGAGCGCCUGCGUAGACAGCAGGAUGACAAAGAUCUCCAAAUGAAAAGCAUCAUCAGCAGGUUAAUGUCGGUGGAGGAAGAGCUGAAGAAGGAUCACUCUGACAUGCAGGCAGUGGUGGACUCUAAACAGAAGAUAAUAGAUGCACAGGAGAAGCGUAUAGCAUCAUUGGAUGCUGCCAACGCUCGUCUCAUGAGUGCCCUGACCCAACUGAAAGAGCGCUACAGCAUGCAGACCCGCAACGGCAUCUCCCCCACCAACCCCACCAAACUGCAGAUAACUGAGAACGGAGAAUUUAGAAACAGCAGCAACUGCUAAACAGACUGACAUUUGCCCCGAAUGAGUGCCGAGUGCCCGAGUGUGUACAGUUAUCCAAUGAGAGGAUGUGUCUUUGCAUGUAUGACUGCAUGCCUAAUUAAGAGGCUGCAAAACUAUAUGUGUGUGUGUGUGUGUAUUAUAAGAGCAGACAGUACUUUUGGAAGACAUUUCUACUUUUUAAAGAAGGUGUAAAAGUGAGGGCAUAGCUCUGAGGGGCCAGCCAGAAGAGAUGCAACUUUAACAUGACAGACUGAUCACCAGACGGCCUUCAUUACGAGGAUGAUGGCCAGAGGAGGCGGGGCAGAGCUUGUACAUAAAAAAAUAAACUCCAAACUAUCCACCAGGCAGACACUUUGCCAGUGGACUCUUGCAGUCGCUGGAACAAUUCAAGCCCCUGCCUGUGCCUGGGACAUACCACUAUAUAAUCACACACGGUGACGACCGCCAGGUACGGUCGCCCUAGCAACCCUCCUCUCCCUCUUUUUUCCUCUUCCUCUUGACAACCAAGUGAACCUAUUUAAAAACAUACAACACAGAGUGCAGAUUUUCACUUUAGCUGUCUCAAGAGGGUUACUUUUUAAUGCUUUAUUUUAAAGUCUUUGUUUUUAAAGAACCAAAUAUUAAAAGAAAACAGAUAUUUUAGUCCAAAACAAUCUUCUUUAUUUCCCUUUUAACUUGUAGGUGUGUUCCUGAGCAUCCCGCUGGCCUGCUACUCCCCAACCCCCCUCAUUCAACCCCGUGUAGUGCACUUUGUGAAAAGCUAUUGGUACAUGAAACGCCUUAAAUAAGGAACACACCUCGACCUUUUUCCUGCAGCUCCUUCAUGCAAAAAAGGCACAACUUAUACUGUGGAUUUGUAAAGAAUACAAAAAUAAAUUAGAGACACUUAAAUGUAUUAUUAACACUAAAGUAAAUGAACUCUUAGUGAUACUAUAUUAAUGAAAUUUAAUAUAGAUGUAUGCAGUUUUUUUCCUUCUAUAGAGUAUAUACAUAUAUACCUAUAUUUGAUAAACUCAAAUAUAAAUUUAGCCCUUUAUUUAGGAGUGAAAUCUAGUUUUAUUUUUCUUCACUUGUGAUAAAAAAAUAUAGUGUGUAGCUUGCUUUAGAGCCCUGGAGAUGGAGACCACACUGAGCAGUGAUCAGCACCUCCAUCGUUUAAAGUUCAUAUGAAAUAGACUAUUUCUUGAAAAAUGUUGGCACAGAAGUUCAAUGAAUUCCUUCAAAGUUUGCAGAACUUACACAUUCAAGUGGUCAGUUCAGAUCACAAGUCACUGUACAUGUGUGGUGCUCUUUCUCCAGCUGCACAAGAGCUAUUGAGAGAUGUGUGUAGAUGCACCCACUCAUACUAUACACUGGACCAGUGAGCUGUUGUUACAAUUGCCUCCCUUUGUUUAAUUUUCUUUCUGCUUUGUCAGUGGUAAUGAAGUAUGCUGCAUCCAAACUGUGACUUUAUCAAUCCACAUGUCAUCACCUCUCCUUGGUCUCUUCUCCCUUUCAUCCCUUAAUCAUCUGAAUGUGAAGAUGCUAACUCACAGCUGGUCUUAACGUGGGGUUUGGUACCUUUAAUGUCUCCUGUCAUCACUCACUACCAUCUCUGCAUCUGUAUUUUGUAUAUUUUUAUGUUUACGGUUUUGUUUUGUUUUUUUUUUACCUGUAAUAGAGUAUAUACAUAAGAUGUGAGGCUCUGCAUGCUUCAUCCUUGUUCGAGAUCCAGCGGUAGCAUCAAUAUCACAUUUUUUAUUUCUUUGGUUGCCAGUUGGACAGCGAUAAUGAUGAUGAUGAAUGGCUACCUGCCAAAAUGGCAUGGAUAAUAUGAAAUCUGAGUGCUUCAUGAAGUGGGGCAGCUGAGGAAAGUGUAAAUAAAAUGCUCACACUAUUUUUACCUAAUGUUAACAAGAGGUUUUUGUAAAUGUAUCUCGUGCUCAAACUCUGCUGUAUCUUUAUGGAUAUUGUAAAUACCAAGUAGUCAUCUGUCCUCAUUGGGUAGAACUAUACAAUUCAAUUAACCUUUCAGUGUUCUCUCUGUUAAAGUUUUUGUAUCUACGGUGUAUUAUUAUUAGACGAAGGAAAAAAAAAGGAAAAAAAAAAAAAGAAAGAGGAAAAAUUAUUAGGCAGUUUGACUCUUGGGAUGUAUGCCUCGCUGGUUUCAGGCCAAUCUGAGUCCGGUCUCGAUGAGAUUCACAAGCACAAUCCUGUACUUCUCAUCAGUCUAGCUCUAUGCACUUUCCGUUCAGUGGUUGGUCUUCAUAACCAGCUGUUUUGUUUUCUGGGUUUUUUUUUUUUUUUUUUUUACAUCACAAAACCUGAUGUAAAUGUGGCAAAGUUUAACAUCAAACACAUGGAUUUUUGAAAAAGCUCAUUCACAAAACUUAACAGAUUAAUAGUUUUUUCCUCUUUUACUGAAACUGAAUACUUUAAACACAUGGCAUUUUCCAACCAUUCCUUCCUAUCAUUUCAAGGAUUAAAGACAGACUAUGUUACUUUUGAAAAAAAAAAAUAUAUAUAUAUAACUUUCAUGGAUUAUUUGGUUUUCAACAGUAAUAUGGAUAUUUUCUAGCUGGAAGCAAAGAUUUUGCUGCCAACAUUUGCAAAUUUUUGGAAACUUCAAUUUUGUGACUGAAGUUAUUUGUAUAUGGAGCACUGCAGCUAAAUGCUAAACUACAAAGGAAAAUUAGAUUUUUAUUUUACUCCAUUAAUUACACAAAACCAUAUAUUUAUUUUUUUUUUCCUAAAAAAUAUUAAAUGAUCUUAAAUAGCACCCUGUGUAGUAUAUAGCUAUGAAAGUUUAUGUUUAGCAUACAGUUGGCCACUUACUACUAAACUUAAUGCUUAGCGAUUUGCUGAAAUACUAAACUUGUUAAAUUAGCUGUAUUAAAAUGAUUAAUUAAAUUCAUGACUUAUCUACAUGUGUUUCAGUUCCAAUAGCAUUUAUCAUUUGAAAAAUUUUGAAAUUAGAAUCAAUUACAUUACAUUCAAAAUGUAGUCAUCACCACACAACUUUAGCAUGCUGAUAUGCUAAACUAGUAUUGCUGCUAAAGUCAAUGUUAGCUCAUUUUGGUGGAUGAAGGGUUUAUGACUGUUAAUUUAUAGCUUAGCAUUUUAGCUCAGUGCUAAACCAUGGUUUAGCUAAGGUUAGGCAAUGUUGGCAAACUGUUAGCUAUAUUUAGUUGCUAACCCAUCCCCUAGCAUACUUGCUAAAUGCUAACCUUCUAUUUAGAAAAUGUUAAACGAAUAAAAUCUAUUUAGUUCAGUAGCAGUGGCUUUAACUUUGGUUGUUGGUCGGCAAAAGUCACAUAGUCUUGCUUUAACAUUUACAAAAAUCUAUAAGCUGACAUAAAGCUGUUAUGUCCAUCUACCCUGAUUAAAGAGCUAUAUAUAUAUAUAUAUAUAUAUAUAUAUCCCACUCAUGAUCCUGCCACAGUUCUCAUUUUAUGAAUCAGAAAAAUGGGAUCUCCUUCUUUAAAAACUCCACUCCUGCUAAAGAUUACUCAAAUUAUAAAGCUAUAAUUAAAGUAAAAGAUGUAUGUUUUCUAUUACCUUGUAGAAAAUACUUUUGUAAGUAUGUUGAAAGUAUAAAGUAUUUGCUGAAUUCUGCUUCCUUUGAUGACAGUGACAAAACAAUAAUGUACAGAAGAAUUUGUGUUGACAAAAUGUGGCUGUGCAAUUUAUGUACAUUUGCAACUAGACCUAUUAAAGUUUUAUUUAGCUAUUUUAAAAUCUAGUCUCAAUGUAUUGUUAUCUUACUGCCUUGUUCACAUAGCUCUCUGUGAUGCUUUGUUAUUCUGAAAUGUAAAUGAAGCUUAAUUUAAGAAUGUGCAAGAUGAAUCACAUGUUCAUUAAAUACGCAAGGAGGCCAAGAUUGA